UGUCUUGUCGGUGAAAGUGCAUUCGUUGUCCUUUCGUGGUGGCUGCUGAAGAACCCACCAACGAAUAACUGAGGCUUUCUACUUUAUUUGAGUUGUGUCGCUUGCUUGCUCAGGAUUCUCGCAGUGCCAGUGCCAUAUGGUGUUGGAGAGCUGCCUGCUGUGAACGAUGGAGUCCCCUGCCCAAGAACACGCUGCACAGGCUACCAAAGAGGCUCGAAGAGAUACAACAUCGCAACGCAUCUACCAUGAAGUAGACGGCCUGUACGUUAACAAGGCCUUGACGGAGAAGAAUCUGCGGUCUGCAUUUUCUUACAAGCCCCUUGAUGAAGACGUCUUCAUCGUCAGUUACCCCAAGUGCGGAACAACCUGGCUGCAAUUCAUCGUGCAUGGCAUCUACACAGGUGGCGUCGGCGGGCUUCCAAGCUCGGAAGAACGCCGAAAGACAAUGACAUUCCUCGAGGUUUCGGGUGUCGAGCGUGCGAUGUCCAUUCAGCGACCGGGAUCCAUCAAGACUCACCUGCCGUUCCACUUGCAGCCGUACUCUACCAAGGCCAAGUACAUCUACGUCACGCGGAACCCAUAUGACUGUUGCGUCUCGUACUACUAUCACACGAAGUCCCUGCCGCCAUACGACUUCCAGGACGGCACGUUUGACCAGUUCCUGGAUAUGUUCGUCCGCGGCAAGGUCGACUUCGGCGACUACUUCGACCACCUCCUGUCCUGGUACGAGCACCGUGGUGACCCCAACGUGCUUUUUCUAACGUACGAGGACCUCAAGAGGGACACACCGGGAUGGAUCUUGAGGAUAGCGGACUUCCUCGGAAAAGAACAGUACGGCAACAAGAUGAGGGAACAGCCAAGUGUUCUCGAUAAUGUAGUGGAGAUGACCAGCUUCGAGAACAUGAAGAGUCUCAACGAGGAGUUCAGGAAUUGGCCGAAGAAACUCGAGGCACUUCCGGACGAAACAUUGACGGAAGCCAUGAGGUCGAUGCGGGAAGCUCUGGGCGACUCCAUCAAGCAGCUGCCAACGGAAGAUCACAUCCGCAAGGGAAUCGUUGGUGACUGGAAGAACCACUUUUCACCCGAACAAGUCGCACGGAUGAAGAAGCGUAUUGCACUCAAGACGCACGGAAGCGACGUCAUGAGUCUCUGGAAGGACACGGACAUUCCUUGAGUAUCAGACGCGCGAGAAUAAAGAACUGCAGCGUUGUUACGGUUGCCGGCAUUGGCGCAUUAGUUAUC